GCAAAUUGUUCAAGUGAUAGGUGGCGCUACAAAAACUCCAAAAAAAUAGUACAACUUUGUUAGAUCCAACUUUAAUCUAUAUUGUUUUAAUUAUUUUUUCAUUAUUUGACUAUGAUGAAAAAUUAUACAGUUCGGGCAGUUACCAUUUGAAUUCUAAAACCAAACUCAUCUAAAAUUCAAGAUCUCGUUAGUUCGAGAUUCUACACGAGACCACGUUGCAAAAUUGAAAAAGUAAAAUUUAAUCUCACUUUUAUUCCUUUACGUCAGUAGAAUGAGUCACACAAUCCUAUUGGUGCAGGCCUCCUCACGUCCUGAGGGUCGCACAUACAGUGACUAUGAGAGCAUGAACGAGAUGUUAGAAGGUGUGUGCAAGAUCUACGAAGAGUACCUGAAAAGACAGAACCCUAGCUCACCCUCCAUCACAUAUGAUAUUAGUCAGCUGUUUGACUUCAUCGACAGCCUUGCAGACCUAUGUUGUCUUGUAUUCCAAAAGAGCACAUCCAGUUACGUUCCUCACCCUAAAGAUUGGAUCAAAGAAAAAAUUUACAUUUUGUUAAGGAAGCAAGCUGGCAAAGCAUGAACUUGAUGGAAUGAAGGAGACAUUUAGACUCGGAAUAAAAACAUAGGAAUGGAUCUGUGUGCAUCAUUAUGAGAGUGUACAGUGAACAAGGUUUAUUUGAAAGACAAUUGACUUAGAAGCAAGAAAGUAAAGGACAAUUACAAGUUUCUCAUUGAUUUUGUGAUGUUCGUUGUUUCAUUUUCCGUCUCUUCAAAAUUGGUCACCACACCACACAACUCUGUAUAUCAUAAUGUAUGUUUUUAACUUUUUAUAUGACAAAAGUAUUGUGAACAUUGUCAAUUUUAUAUUU